GCACACGGGGGUUUGGACAGGGGGAUCUGAUUUUAGGAGAGUUUGAAGAGCGAAUACAGAGAUAUUAUGCUGCACCGUGGAGAAGCACAGGCACUGGUUGUUGUGGAGCUGAUGGUUAUGCCAAGCUUCCGGAGGUUUUUAGGAGACAUGCUGCCGCUGUAGUUGAUGUUAUAAUAGAAACCAGGCGUUUGCUCUAUGAGAGAGGCUUGUUUUUUGUAUUGAACUGGAUACCGAAGUGAGGAGGGAGAGCGAGCAACAAGUGGAAUCUGGUGUGGAGAGGCUGAGAUUUCUCACCAUCACCAGCUGUUAUGGAAGAGCACAAGGAGCCCAGCAGCGGCCGGGACUCGACCGAGGACGAGAGCAUGUCCCUGUCGCCGAACCUCCCAUCCCCUGCCAUGAUCCUACCCCAUCCGGCCGCGCAGCAGGCCCACAGAACCACGAACUUUUUCAUCGACAACAUCCUCCGGCCGGACUUCGGCUGCAGGAAGGAGCCGAGCUACCGCGAGCGCAGCCAGACGCCGGGCAGGGAGAACGUGAACCCGCUGGGAGCGAGGCCGCCGCACGCCGGCAGCCUCUGCCUGGACUCCAACUGCAGCAGCGACAGCGCCUCCUCCUCGCCCUCCUCGUCCUCCUCCACGUCCUCGUCGCCCGCGUCCAAGCAAAGCUCGUCGAAGCCCGGCGAGGCGGCCAGCAACGGGGCCGGCAGAUACGCGGACAGUCCGUCGUCGAUUGUGGUUGUGAGCGGCAGCAAUGGAGGCUCUUCAGCGGGAAUGAAGGAGAGCCAGCCGCUGCUGUGGCCCGCCUGGGUUUACUGUACGCGCUACUCGGACCGGCCCUCAUCUGUUUCCACGCCAGGCCCAAGGACACGGAAACUGAAGAAGAAGAAGAACAGCAAGGAGGACAAGCGGCCCAGGACGGCGUUCACGGCUGAGCAGCUGCAGAGACUCAAAACCGAGUUCCAGGCCAACCGGUACAUAACGGAGCAGAGGAGACAGUCCCUCGCCCAGGAACUGAACCUGAACGAGUCCCAGAUCAAAAUCUGGUUCCAGAACAAGAGGGCCAAGAUUAAAAAGGCCAGCGGCUACAAGAACGGCCUAGCGCUGCAGCUUAUGGCGCAGGGACUGUACAACCACUCAACGACCACCGUGCAGGAGGAGAAGGAGGAGAGCGAGUGAGCGCCCCCCGCCCCCGCCGGACACUUCCCUACUCAGGGGCUGGCUGACUCUGGACUCAUGGAGAUAAAGAAAAAAACUGAACUGGAAAUGGGGGGAUCGCUAUUUAAAAACACAGAUUUCUGUUUAUGGUAACAGUAUAUGGACAUAAUUAUAUACAAAAAAAAAAAAAAAUUGAACGACCGUUAUUAAAAUUUAUAUAGCCACACAGUUAUCAUGUUGUAUACAUUACUGCAUAUUGGAUUCCAGGCUCAUUUUCAAUCUGCCAUUUAUUAUUUUUUUUAUUUUAAUUUUAAAUUUUUAGGGAUGUGUGACUUUCUAGGUUGUCGUGCUCUCCUCGUCCUUCAUGUCUGCGCCAUAUUCUCCUUCAACAAACCAGUCCGCCGGACUCAGCCAAGCCAAAGAUUUUUACUAUGUUCACAUGUAGUCUGAAAUAAAACAGAAAAAAAGAGCAAGAUACAAUGGACUAAUUUAGCAUUUUUUUAUUAUUGCUUUACUUUUAAUUAUAUUUGAUGUCAUAAAAACAUAAAUCAAGUUUUUUCCCUAAUUUUCUCCAACUACAAUCUAAACUUUAACCUCUGCUAUUAUUUAACAACAAUCAUUUUCAUUAGGAUUGAUACCUAAGAGAGCUUUUGGUGAGAAACGAAGUACACACACACACACACACACACACUGUUGAGGUACAGUUCCUGUUUCCCUGCCUGUCUGGAUACCGUUUCACCCAUUAAACUAUUCUGGUCAUUUACAAGUUUUCCCAUUGCUGCUGCUGCUGCUGCAUUUUCACUCCUCGCUGAGCUUUGACCUGCUUGGUGUUCACCACAGAGGCCUUGUUCUUGUCAUCGUUGCAGUGAAAUAUUUCUCUCUGUGAUACGUUGCUUUUUUUUUUUUUUUGGUUUUCGCUUGUUUGGGCCUGCAUAAACCCCUCAGGUAGAGGUUUAUAGAGGCUGGCUGUGACCAUGGAGGGUGUGUGUGUGUGUGUGUGUGUGUUUCUGGGCGCCGCACUCUGGAGGGUAUUGGUAGCAGACAAACUUAACCCCUCAAAUAAGAAAAUAUCCAAAUGAGACAGAAAAAGACUUCGUCUCCUGUCCGAACAUCUAAAUAUGGUUUAAAAGUUUAUGUUUUUUGUUGUAAACAAACCUGAUUUUAAACAUGUUUGUUCAGGUAAAAUUUGGGCAAAGCUGAUGUAUGAGCUCCAAAGUCACAUUUUUAUUUUUCCUACAUUGAGUCAAUGAUGGGCCGUGCUCAAACUGCUGCAUGGAUGAGUGGAGCAUCCGGAGCAAAGGUUGUGAAAAUAGCCGAGAAAAUUAAGAAAUACUGAUGUAAUUAAAAGAAAAGUUAGGGCUUCUCAAGUAAAAACUAGGUGACCGUUUAUAGAAUAUAUAUAUAUAAAAAAAAAAAACAGAAACACAAGAGCUACCAAUUUAUUUGCCUUCUGUUUGGUAUCUUGUAACAUGUUAUUAUUUUAGGCAUUUUUGUUCCGACUAAAUUUAGUCAGAACAAGAAUUUAGAUCAAAUUUACAUUUCAACAUGGCUACCUUAUUAUGUACAUUAAAACUUGCUUAAUUCGGUGUGGCAUAGACUCCACAAGCCAUCAAAAACAUCUUUUGGAGUAUUUGGUUCGUUUUAUAAUAAUAGCAUCAUGUAGUUGCUGUGAAUUUGUCAGCUACACUAUGGUUUAUCCAUGUUUUCAUGUUGUUUAUGCCAAAGUCUGACUACCAUGUGAAAACAACAAAGCAGUCGUCAUUUUCCCCAACCUUUCAUUGUCCAAUUUUGGUAUGGCUUUCUGAAUCACCGCCUCAGUUUCCUGUUCUUAGUGUGGUCGUCUGCAGCUGUAGCUCAUCUGCUUUAAGGUUUAACCAGUUGUCCGUUCAGAGAUUGGCAUCCCACAUUCCUUGGUUUUAUAAAAUCUUUCAAUGACUGUCGCAUUUCUAUUCUCUCAAGCAGUUAUCAAAGAAGUCCUUUUCAUUCACAGAGCUGGAUGUUUUCUCUUUUUGGACCAUCCUCUAUAAAUCUGAGCGAUAUACAGAAUCAGCAGUUUCUGAAAUACUCAUUCGGUCUAGUUUUCUGUUGUAUGGUAGAAAAAGUAGGUGUCCCACGCUCUUGGGUGGUGUGUUAAUGUUUUAGAGGUCUUUGUUGUGAAAAAAAUAGAUUCAAUGAGAUGUCUGAGAUAAAAAGGCCAUAAAAAUAUUGUCCAGGUUUUGGGGAAAAGUGUGAGAUUAUGUCGAAAUUGUAUGCGCUUCAUUCAAAAACAACCCAAAAUGGGAGAAAAACAGACCUCCCCAACCCCCUUGCUGUUGAGGAAUGUGCCAUAAGUCUCAUUCUGACAUAAAUUUGUCAAAAGUUGUUUUUUUUAUGACAGGAAAACUGGGUGAUCAUCUAGAUUAGCUUCAUCAGUUUUAACAGGAAAAACUACCUUCUUAUUCUGCAAUAUUCUUCCUAAAAGGAAGAGAAAAAUGCAGUGUAGGCUAAGACUGUUGAUCAAAUGACACCAAAAAUGACCCAAAAAUAAAAGAUGCCACUUUGAGUUGUGUUAGUUUAUCAAUAUCAGGCUGACUGCAGCAUCACUGCCAGCACAUUCCUAUCAUUUCUGCUUGUCGCAUACUUUUAAUUCAACUGAUCUCGGCUCAGUUUUAUUUAAUUAAGCGCUAACGAGGCAGUGAGGGUCUGCAGCGGAGGAGUUCACGGCCUCUGCGUUUCAGGCUUUUUUAUUUUAAUUAUUUGUGUUCUGAUCUUCCUCACGGAGCCGAGGGUUAACAAGCGUAGUCUGUGGCGGGUGGCUGUAAUUGAUUUCAGGGACGGACUAAAUGGUUCAUAGGCAGGUUCAAUCCUGUGAUUUUAAGAAUUUAUCUGAAAAUCUGUUUAUUAUUUUGCCAUCCAUUCACGUCAAGGCACUUAGAAACCAACAGACAUUAUAACAGCUUAACAUAAACGUAUUUGCUGGUGACUGA